UGUGAAAAGCGCAGGCGCAGUCGCGGAUAUUGGGUGGCGGUGAUUUUUUUUUCCUAAUCGGGGAGCCCCUUCAGCAGCUUCGUUUGUCGUUUCACUCUUCUCUUUAGGCCCGAAGGUGGUUGGGGGGCUCUCUAGUUCUGUCCGUUGACUCCUCAGCGUAAAUAGCAUGUCCAGCCGUGCUGUACCUCCGGAGGCGGCGGCGGCGGCGGCGACCGCGGCAGCCGCGCCACAAGAGCGGGGCCUGACAGGCGCCUUCCCUUUGGUGUUGAAGAAACUGAUGGAAAAUCCGCCGCGGGACGCGCGCCUCGAUAAAGAGAAAAAGGAAAAACUUGAAGAAGAUGAAGCAGCUGCUGCAAGUACAAUGGCAGUCUCUGCCUCUCUCAUGCCUCCUAUCUGGGACAAAACUAUCCCUUAUGAUGGAGAGUCUUUCCAUUUGGAGUACAUGGAUCUGGAUGAGUUCCUCUUGGAGAAUGGAAUUCCUUCCAGUCCUACUCGUCUGGAUCUAAACCAGAAUCCACUCCUACCUGUGUCUGAGCUGGAAGGAAAAGAACCUACUAAUGCUUCCGCUGCAGUUAACUCAUCCCCAUCAUCUUCCACAGUGGUUUUUCAGCCAUCAGAAACUAUCACAAGUACAGAGUCCUCACCAGAUAAUGAGCGACUGACUCCCAGCCCUAUUGAUCCAGACUGUGUUGAGGUUGAUGUGAAUUUCAAUCCUGACCCUGCUGAUUUAGUGUUGUCCAGUGUACCUGGAGGUGAGCUCUUCAACCCUAGGAAGCACAAGUUUGCUGAUGAGGACCUUAAACCACAGCCAAUGAUUAAAAAGGCCAAAAAAGUCUUUGUUCCUGAAGAUCAAAAGGAUGAAAAAUACUGGACAAGACGAAAGAAGAAUAAUGUGGCGGCCAAGCGAUCUCGUGAUGCACGACGUUUGAAAGAGAACCAGAUCACAAUUCGAGCUGCUUUUCUGGAGAAGGAGAAUACAGCCUUGAGGACUGAAGUGGCAGAGCUGCGGAAGGAAGUGGGAAAAUGCAAGAACAUUGUCUCUAAAUAUGAGAGCAGAUAUGGACCCUUUGACUUAUCCGAUUCCGAGUGAUGCAACUUUAAAGACUCUUAAAAUCACAAAGAAACUAAAAACUACUCAUGAAACCACCUGCCGUCAGAGUGAAGAGUGAAAGAUGUGAGGUAUUCUACACAAACAGCUGAUGACCCUGCCUCCCUGCAAGUACCUUGUCUGAACUACCCAAGGGCUGAGCAUGAUGAAAAGGCUAAGGUCUCUAAUGUUACACUUUUCUUUGUACUGCUGUUUUCUCUUUUUACCACAAUCUGCAGUACAGUCAUUAACUCACUUGGUGCUCUUAUCCUUGAGUUCAGAUUAAAUAAGUAGUGACUUCAUAAGGUGAUACUAAGAAGGGAGGCGAUCUUAACUGAAAAUAACUCAAACUAUAAUACAUCAAGAAUUCUAUGGUUGUUUUUUCUCAUCGUUUCUAUGCUUUAGAAUGGAUGUCAAUUCUGCAACUAAAUGCUGUUAAGUAAUUAUUUCUUACAUUAUUCAAACAGAGCAUACAUGGAAAACAGACUAAAAUACAUUUCAGUCAACCAAUAUAUUGGCUGAAAUUGAAGUAAUGGGAUUAAAACAAAUACCCCAAGAUGUACUAUAUAAUAUUAAAUUUAAAUAAGUAAGAUGCACCUUAUUUUCUCAGCUAAUAAGGCUAACGCUAGGUUUCUGAAUUAAGCACUUUUUCUUAAGCUUACUGACUUCUGACAAUACUGUUGUAAGACUAUUGUCAUGGUUUGCUGAUGCAUUUUCUCAGUCUUUAUAAUGAUAUAUUCCUAUUCCCUUGUUUUUAUAACCAUUCUUUAACUGGAGCUUGGAAAAGAGGAAUGAGGAUAAUGAUAAAAGGAUUGUAAAUGAAGAAUGAUGAGGCUACCUUUCAUUACAUCUCUCCUCUGCUGUCACUUCCCCCUUAGGUGGGGGGAAGUGGGAGCUCUUAAUAUCUUUCUUUAGUUUUCUUUAUCUCAUGCAAAUUCAUUGCAUCAGGUUCUCUGGAAUUUUACAUCAAAAUGGGGUAACAUUCUGGUUUCCUCAAUUGCAUAAAUAUUUAAUUCUAGCUUUCUCCCACUUAUUCUUGCACAGUAGCAGAAGCAAAAUUAGAAACAUUUAUGCCAUCUUCCCUUACUGCUUUCCUCUAAAAAUUUUUUAUAAAAAUUCACAGAGUGCCUAAAGUAGUAUGAUGUGUGUUGCAUUCAUAAAUCUUCUGAAAGGUCAGGCAGAGCACAAUGGAAAAUCCUUCACACCUAUGAGGUAGAAAAACUAUAGAUAGGCCAUGUAAGUACCAAGGUGGACAUUUAAAAGAGAUUUCAGUUGUGUAGAAUUUGUACCCUAAGCAUGAGCUAUAUUACAUUUGUAAUAUAUCAAAGUUAUAUAUUUGUGAAUACAUUUACUAAUGAUGAGCAUGCCCUGUUAUUCUGAUACAUUUAAAAAGACUUAAGAGGGUAAGUGCCUCAGUGUUCUGAGGCAUAUUUGAGGAGUGAACAAUUGGGAGAAGAAUGCUUCUGAAUGGACACCCUUUUUCAAAUGUUUAGUCAAAUAGUUUCCCAAACUGGGUAGAAUUCACAACAGUUUGUCAUGGGAGCCCUAUGGAUCAUCAAUUUUGCAUCAGUCAGUGGGGGAUGGCAGAGCAGCAAGUAGAUUAAAAGCAUGCUACUCUCAGUUUCAGGGGUAGAAAUUGACAGGCAUUUCCUAAAAUAGCAUGCUGUAGGAUCCCACUUAGUAAAAUACUGAUCUAGCCUGCUAUUUUCAAAAUGUAAUCCCAACACAAUUAAAUACUUGCCUGUCCAAUUUAAAAAAUGGAUUUUAAUUGUUCGUAAUGAAUAAAGCAAAAUACAUAUUGUUUAAAGCUUUUUGACUGUUGUCUGUUAAAAAUCUCUGAGAUCUUCAAUGCAGCUAGUAUAAAUAUUAAAUAUGAGACAAAAAUUAGCAUACUAGAAUUCUAGACUUCAUCUAAAGCAGGGGUCUCAAACUCAACUUACCUGGGGGCCACUGGAAGUAGAGUCUGGGUGAGGCUCGGCCGCAUCAAGCGGUGGUGGUGGGCCGCUCAUCCCACGUGGCUCCCGGAGGCCGGCCCGGGCGCUGCCGGCACUUUGAAGGCCGCAGGGUCCCUCCCGUCCUGGCAAUUGGCCCACGGGCCGCGAGUUUGAGACCCCUGAUCUAAAGGUUCUGUGGCACACUCUUGGUAGUUCAUUUAGAGCCAACUUUCCAAUACUUGAGUUUGCUACCUUACAAAUGACUCUGCAUGCUAGUUAUUACUAUUGAUUUUCUAACCAUACAUUUUUGUGAAAAAUUUAGAGUUGAAAAACAUAAUAAAAUGCAGUCUGUCUUUGAUUCUGGCACUAUACUGUAUAGGCAAAAAUAUUAAAAUAUUUUUCAUUAUAUUGUGUACCUUUUACACUGAAAAAUCUACAGUAGUGAUGAUGUGCUUUAAGGCCUACAAAUAUAAAACCUUGAGCAUCAUAUCACAGUAUGUUUUGAGAAAGUGCUAUAAAAUAAUCUAAAUAGCAUGUAAAUUCCCUUGUUUUAUCUCUAUAAAUUAGGAGACAGUUCUAUGGCUAAUAAAUACUGUCUGGAUGACCACAGGAAAGGCUAGGAGUUGCAACACUCACCUUGUAGUUGUUUCUGUGCUGGAUUUAUUUCAGAAAAUGGAAGAACAGCCUCACCUUUGGUGUUCAGGAGAGGAGACUCAGGCUUCAACUGGGGUACAAUGUAACCUGGUGGUGCCUCAGCCUGUCCUCAUGAGUAGACACAAAACACUUAGAUAGCUGAAAUCAGCUGUGUAUGUUUUUUGUGAGGUAGAAGCCUCUGUGCUUCUUCCAACCUUGAUAGGAUGCCUGUAAACCUUGCACCCCUAGUCACAUAGUAUACUUAGUUACAAAAUGUUACAAGUGUUAUGUGUAUGAGUAUAUCUCUACCUUUGUUUAGAAGACCUAAUUCUUAGCUACAAACUAGGAGGGGUGGAAGGAGGAAGUCAUGCUUCUUUCUAAGGCUGAUUUCCUAGAACUACUGAUCUGGAAAAAAAUUCCAUUGAAUUCUGUGAGGCUUACUUCUGAAUAGACAUGUAUAGAAUUGCACUGUUCCUUAAAUUUUAUAAUUUCCUUUUAAGAGAUGAUUAUAAAUAAUGAGUCUAAUUAGGUCUAGCACUCUUUUCUUUUUGCCACUGUUCAACUUGAUACCCAGUUUAUGGUGGUAACAAUAGAAAAGAACAUUCUUAAGUUGCACUAAUACUUAAAAGUAAUUGUCCAAAGAAGCAGCAGAGAGUGCAGGCAGCAAAUGUGCCAGCUGUUCUAUAUACCACCUGUCUUGUUAUCCAAUGGAAUGAGCUUUUAAAGAAAACUAGUGCAAUCUAAAUGAUUACAGAGUUUGGUAAGAAGAGUUUGUGGACAAAAUUAACCUGUUUGAUUACUCAGUGAUGAUCCAUUUGCCACUGAAUGACUGUGGGAUAGCAAAUUUUUGAUUGUAAAUGUUAGGGAGAAGAAAUUUUUUAUAUGCAGACACAUUUCUGUGUAAUAGUGAAUUUGUUACAGAAGUCUUAACCAGGCCAUCCCUUGUGAAAAUAGAGAAUAAUAUAUCCAUUCUAACUAUUCAUAGACUUAACAAUUAAUUUGUAUAUGAAAAAAUAAAUUUGGGAGCUAAUUCUCUUGUUCAUAAAUUUGAACUUAAAUACGCUUAGCAUAGGCAUUUAACCUCUGUUUAACUGAUGUUCAAUUACUGAAUAUUCAUGUGAGGUUUCUACUUGCAGCUAGUGCAGUGGGUUAGGUUUAAAGGGCAAUUCACAUUUCAUUUUUGUGAUCUCUGUGCAGGCUUCAUGUUUGAUGGAGUUUUCCCUUUCUAACUACUUUUGUAAUAUCCAUUUGAGAAGUAAUUGGGGUAUUAGUGCUGUGGAUGCUGAAGCCUUUGUAAGCUUUGAUAUUAAACAUACGAUGUUAAUCUUGGUUGCUAUUUUGUAUAAUGGUUAAAAUUCCAAUUGUCUGUGUGGGUAUGGGUGUUUUUUGUUUUUUAAGAAGUUUAUUGGAUUACUCCAUGUCCUUCCUGUGCUGUAUUGUGCUGUGCUUCCUGGAAUAACCAAGUAUUGUAGAUGUUGCUUAUGGUACUACCUAGUAGACAGUCCAGUUCUGUCAAGUUCUGUCUAAUGCAAGAUGCAUUAGAAGAGAACCGGCAGUUAAUGUUGAAGGGAAUACUGCAUUAGUGUUAGAGGAAAUCUACCUUCAAUAGCCAGAAGUACCUGAGUUUGUACUGUAUUUUUUGUUUUGUAUUUUACAAAAAUCUCAAACACCUCUGAGCCACAACCUAAUAGUGGUUAAAUUACUCCCAUCCCCCCCGCAAAAAAAGGUUAAAGGGUUAAACCCCCCUCCCCAAAUACUCUUAUGCUGUUACUGAUGCAUCUACAAAGGUAUCUAUAGAAAACCAAAUUUGUUCCAUCAUCUUCUAUAAUAGCAAUUCUUUAAACAUCUGAAUUUUAUUAAGGAAGGAGAUACUUUAUCUAUUUAGUUCUGAAGGCAUGUUCAUUUCUUUCUAGGCCAAGCUUGCUAGUCCUCAGUUACUCUUCAGCUAAAGAACCACUUCAUGUGCCUGUUCAGUGUACAACCACUUUUACAUGCACAUAUAAACAUACGUAAUGUGUAAAUUUGAUUAACAUGUGUUUUCACAUGCAUGUAUCUCAUAGGUACAUUUAAAAUAUAUUGUUUUUAUGUGGGGCUCUGAAUGAUCUCUCAUUCAAAAGAUGGAUCAGAUCAACAGCUAUUUAGAUACCUCCAGGCCAUUUCUUUACUGUGAUCAGAUAUAAGACUAAACCAUGGUUUAUGAGAAUCAGUGUAGUCUCCCCCAAACUCUUAUCACCGCUACUCUGUAUAGUUGUGAAAAAAGCAGAAUCUUACUCUGUUUUAGAUUAACUACAUUUUAGAGUAUGCCUGACACUAAAUGUAAUAAUAAAUAACACUCUAGCCUGAAAUAGUCUGAACUGGUUGGUGAAAGCAAGCCAGCUCCAUAAUCUAUGGUUUCAGUAAUUGUAACUAAGACUAACCACAGUUUGGGCUCAGCUGACCAACACGCUGCAGUUAAUCAAAAAGCAGUUCAUCUGAACUCCUUCUGGCAGCCAUGCUAAAGGAAGCAUGGGGAACUCUCUAGACUAGCAAUGGGCUCAUUCUUGUAAUGCUAAACCAUGUUUUGCUUUAUAUCAGGUGCAGGUCUCAGUGUCCAACAGGUAAUGUAUAAACUGGCCAGUAUAUGCUCUCUUAGUUUUAUGCUAAUUAAACAAAUAUUCUAGCUAUUUAUUGUUAUUUUCUUCAAUGAGACAAAUAUUGUAUAUCUGUAGUUCUUUAUAUCAGAUGUAUAUCUAAGUCCUUUAAAGUUUUUGUUCAAAGCAGCCUGUCUGAAGCAGAGUGGGGGAGCUGUACAAGACUGAUGCCUGAGCCAGCAUUCAGGAUGUUUGUACAUAUGUCUUGUUUAUAAGUUGAGAAGCAGGAAGGAAUUCAGAUUUGCCUGCGGAUGAAAGACACACUUUCCCCAUGUUGUAUCGGUUUUUCCUACCUUUGCUACAAAUCAGUCCACUGUUUGAGUAAAGAUUACUAUAAUUUGGGCAGUCCAGGUAUGUUAGGCAUUCUUCCACCCCAUACUUUGUAAUACAUGUGUUCUUGAGCAAAUUAAAAAUGAUUAUGCAGAAUGUUAGGAAGAGGUAACAAGUAAAGUGGGAAAAUAAGGGGACGGGACAUUGCCCUAACCAACAUACUGAAAGCAAGGCCCUUUUGGGCUCUAAUUCUGCUGGUCUGGGUUCAUUUACAAGGGGCAUUUGUUUUGAUGUGAAUGUUCUUCAUCUUGAAUUCAUUGAAUCUAAUGGCAGUGAAAAGAAUGCAAAACUGUGAAGGAAAGCUAGCUAUAUUUUUUAGUCUUAAAAUAUAAUUGUAUGCAUGUUUAGAUGAAAAAAGCCUUAUAAAUUCCAGCAUCCAUCUCCCCCCCCCCCCCCCCCAACAUAACAUGGCUGGCUAGGGAAUGCUGGGAAUUGUACAACUCUUCCAUCUAAACAUGUAUUAAACUGUGCCUCCUUACAACUGGCCAGUUAAUGACACAUUUGUUUCUUGGGUGCCCUAUGUCAUGAAUUCAGAUAAUGUUCACAAGACAGCCUCUCAGUGUGAAACUAAGGAUAAGGUGGCUUUUUUUAGCUGAAGUGGGAUAAGUAUUAACUUGACCUUUGAAACAUCUGCUGGCAAAGUGCUUAGUAGGGUCCAGGAUAGCUUACAUGUUUUGUUUUUACAUUGGUGUCUAAAAUAAGGUGAUUACAAUAUUAUUGGCAUAUGCUAUUUUGUAUUACAGAAGUGUAAAUACACUUUAAUAUUAUUCUUGGUCCUUAUGGAGUAAUAAGUGCUUCCAUUGUAAUCUCUGCAAAUUUGUUUUUAAAUCUUUUAAUGUAGCAUGGCUUGAAAAAAAAUCCUUAGAAAACUGCAGGAAUCAAACAAAAUUAAAUUGAUGUUGUAGAGUUUUACUUUGUGAUGCUUUCUGUUUAUAAAAUGUUUAAUAAUUCACAAAAGCAGAGAGACUAAGAAUUGGCAGGGAAGGUAUUUCCAUGGUCACUGAGUUUAUUCAUAAUAGUACUCACCCAGUCUUACCUGGAGGCAAAUCAAUCUGCCAGUUACCAGCAACCCUCACACAUCAUGUCCUAUUGACAAAUGGCAUGGGAUGACUUCUGUAUUUUCUGUAUUUUGUCUUCAUUUGGUGUUCUUUGCACACUUCAUUCGUCUCUACUGAAUCGCAAUUCAUUGUACCAUAAAUUAGGCUUAUGACAUUUUAGCCAUAAAUAGCAGAGCUCAUCCUCUGUCUUAUUAGAUAUAUAUACAUUUUCCAUAUAUAAUCAAGCAUUUCAAUAAAUGGACAUUUUAAAUGACUUUGACUGAAUGCCUAAAUGUGGUAGAUGGAUUUAGCAAUAACUCUUGCCCUUUUGUCUGUAUUUUGGAUUGGGAACUGGUCCAUGCAAUAUGUUUUCUGGUAUUUCUCGAGCAUCAUGGCACAGAUCACUGUUGAUAAAACAUCAGUAUCACUGAUGUGGCAUUGAAGCAGCAAUAGAAAAACUAGUUUGUUUACAAAAUAGAUGGAAAUAGAUUAACUAAAGAACAUGUUUCUAGAUUGUUGCAUACCUUCAGCAUAGCUUUGUUCAGUGAAGCUAUUCUAUUAGACAAGUUUUAUCCAACCUGGUGCCCAUUAGACGUAUUGACUACAACUUUUAUCAUCCCCGGCAAGCAUGGCCAUUGAGGAAGUCUGUUUUCAGAGGAUAAGAGUUUCACAGGGCUCUUGUGUUUCAGUUCAAAAUAGUGUACUCUGUCCUUUUCCUUUGCAUUAACAAACAUGUUUUUGUUCCAUUUGUCAAUAUAAGGGAAAUCAGACUGCACUAAAAUCUGUAUUAUUUUUAUAUUUUAGAAAUUGCAGAAUACUUUUAACAUCUGCUGCAUUUCUCCAGUGUGUAUCCUGUCUGUAAUGAACAGUUAUUCCUGUAUAUAAGUUUUAUAGAUUAGUCUGCAAAAUGCUUUUGACUACUCAAUUAAAGGCAUUGUAGCAAAAUUGUUACUAUGUAUAAAAACCCCUGUGUAAAAUUGUAUCUUGCAAUGCAUCUAUUGUUCAUGCAAAUACUCAUUGCCUAUGUCUUCCUUUAUAUAUAUUUACAAAUGUUAAUGGAUUAUUGGUGGAAGGAUGUAAAUGAUAGUCCUGGUAAGGAAAUCAUUCCAUGUUCAAGAUCCACAUCAUAUCCAUUUAUAUUUCUGUUAUGCUUUUUAAAUUAUACAGUUAUGGAUAUGAACUCUCUCUGAUUAUGGAAAUGGCUUGAUUUUUCUGGGUGUAUUAAAGCCUCUCUGCCAAGUAUCUUUUGUAAUGCAUUUCUUUUAAAAUGUAAUAUUUUGACUGUACUGAAUUCUCUUAGUAUUCUUUCCCUUUUGAAAAAAAUAAAGUGUAUAUUCUACCAAA